CGAAAAGUUCGAAUACACAUCAGAGUGAAACCAUUGACAUAUUUUACAUUAUAUAAUAUUACGUCAAUGAAUAAAACCAUACAUUAGAUCCCUCGUAACACUCCGAAUUUAAAAGAUAACGAUUAUAUAACGCCAUCUAGCGACCAGACACAUUACGGACAAUACAAUAAUAUUGUGCGACGCUUCACGGUAUUUAUCGAGCAUCAUUGCCACCGCAAUGUUAGCGACACUGGGCCGGCUUUCGUAAACCGUAAUUCGUAAAUAGUGAUAUCAACCAGAAUUAGGAAUCGUAAACAAAAUAUAAACAAGAAGCAACACCGAUUGAAAUUAAUUCACUGUCCACUAAUCAGUAAUGACUACGUACUAUUGAGUGUACCGUUCAAGUCGUUCAGUUUAUCAUAUCAAGUAUCGUUGCAACUGAAUCGUUUUUGAAAGGACAAGUCUUUUGGUAGUUCACGACCAGUGUUCUACGUGGAAAAUGGCUCUCCGGACUUAUGGCGACAAGCCAAUUAGUUUCCAGGUGGAAGAAAAUGGCGAAUACUACUGUAUCGGGUCUGAGGUAAGCGAAUUAUUUGUUUAAAUUAUAUUUGAAUUUUCAUUGAUACGUUUUUGUUUGUGUAUCAUUUUAGGUGGGCAAUUACUUGCGACUGUUUCGGGGGUCUUUGUAUAAACGGUACCCUGGAAUGUUUCGCAGGACCAUCACGAAUGACGAGAGAAAACGUUUAAUCGAUCUUGGUAAUUUUUUUUUUGGUUUUUUUCCCUCCACAUAGAAAAUUACUCACACACACACUCAAAGAAAUAAAAUUCAAAACUUUCCCUAACAAAUAAUUGGAUGAUUAAUACUUUCAUUAGAGUUGAAAAUGAUUGAAAAAAAUAAUUUAUUAAGUCAAACACGUUUGAUUUUAAUACUUACUAGGAAUUUUUAAAUAAGUGUUUACAUACCUACAAUUUGGUUUGAGUGCCAAUUAGAAAAUUGUAAUGAUUUUCAUUUUAUUGUGAAUAUUCAGUGAACCUUCAUUUUCAGUAACAUCGCAAUAUACUUUUUAUUAUUAUUAUUACUUUAUACCUAUUCCAAUCAAUAUUUUUUUUAAUUUUUGUUUUUUUUUUUUUUUAAAAAAAACAACCAUUAGUAUAAAAACUUGAAAACAAAACAAAUAAAUUUAUUUUUAUAGUAAAUAAUUUGCUUUUGAUAACUUAAAAUAUUAAAUUCUUUUUUUUUAAAUAUACCAUACUUGAUCAUUAGCAUUUAAAUAAACAUUUAAACUCAGAAAAAGUAUUAUAAAAUAUUUACAAUUAACACAAUGGUUCAUUUAAAUUGUAAUGUCAUUAUUUGUGCAGGAUUAAGUGCCCAUUGCUUAGCGUCUAGUGUAUCGUUGUUAAGAGCGUCUGAAGUUGAGGAUGUUAUUGAUGGCAAUGAUGAACGGUACAAAGCAGUUUCUGUUACUUCUACUGAACCAUUAAUUACCAGGUAAUAAAAAGUACUACUUACUGAUAGGAAAUUUAAAUUUAAUUUUUAUCAAUGAAAUCAUAAUUUUUUAUUUUAAUACUAGAUUGUAAUAAAGUUUAAAGCUUUAAAUACCUACCUUAAUAAAACCUCAGCUUAUUAGAUAUACUAACUUAAUUUAGGAACUAAAAAUCGGUGAGUUUUAAUACAAUACAUUUUUGGCUUAUAAUAUUUAUAAAUCAAUAUAGUAAUAUCUUAGUGGUGUGAUAUAUUGACAUCAGAAUGUAAACACAAAAUAGUACCUAAUAAUAUUUUCUGUGUUACCAUAAAUUGUUAAAAUUUUCUUUUAUGCAAUAUAUACUACAGAUUUUAUAACUUAUAAACUUCUAUAAUUUGAAUUUAUUUCAUAAUAUAAUGAAAUUACAUUAUUUUCAUAAUCUCAGGGAAUCUAAAGGGAAAAAAUCAGUGCCAUGGGUUCCAUCAUUACCAAAUAGCUCACAUUUAGAUGCUGUACCCCAGGCUACACCUAUUAACCGUAACAGGAUUAUUCAAAAAAAAGUCCGAACUUUUCCAUUGUGGUGAGUAUUUAAGUAGAUUUUGAUUAUUAAAUACAUUUCUAUGAUCAAUAUUGAUAUUAAAUACAUCUAUUUUUAGCUAUGAUGAUACUGAUCCCGCAAACAUUCACGAGAAUGCCAAUUUUUCGGAACUAUUAGUUCCGAUUAGACUUGAUAUGGAAAUUGAAGGUCAAAAGUUGAGAGAUACAUUUACAUGGAACAAAAAUGGUAUAGAAUAAAAAUCACCAUUUUUAAUUUAUCAAAUCAUUUUAAUAUAUAAUCUCAAUCUUCUAUUUAAAUAACUUUUAAAUUAUGUGUUCUAUGUACAAUUGUAAUUUGGCUUUUGUCUGUUUAAAUUAUUAUUAUUAAAUAAAAAAUAUUAUUAAUGCACAUACUUAAUAAUUUACCUAUUAUAUUUUAGAAAGUUUAAUAACACCAGAACAAUUUGCUGAGGUGCUCUGUGAUGAUUUAGAUUUAAAUCCAUUGCCAUUUGUACCGGCAAUUGCACAAUCUAUACGCCAACAAAUUGAAGCGUUUCAUAAUGAUAAUAUUCUAGAUGAACAACAUGAUCAAAGGGUUAUUAUUAAAGUAAGUAUAAUUUAGUAAAUGUGUAUUUAUUUAUUUUGUAUUAUGUUGACUCUAUUUUCCUAUAUGUUAUAGUUAAAUAUUCAUGUGGGUAAUACUUCGUUAGUAGACCAAGUCGAGUGGGACAUGGGAGAAAAAGAUAAUUCACCCGAACAAUUUGCUAUGAAAUUGUGUGCAGAACUCGGUCUGGGUGGAGAGUUUGUGACAGCCAUCGCGUACUCAAUCAGAGGACAAUUAAGUUGGCAUCAACGUACUUAUGCUUUUAGGUAAGUUUAUUUAUUGAACUUACAAUUUAAUCUAUGUUAUGUUUUAUUUAAAUAUUAUUUUUAAUUAGCGAGGCGCCAUUGUCUGUUGUUGAGACCCCAUUUAGACCACCUUCAGAUGCUGACCAGUGGAGUCCAUUCCUAGAAACACUAACUGAUGCAGAAAUGGAGAAGAAAAUAAGAGACCAAGACAGGAACACUAGGCAAGAACUGAAUAACUAUUUAAUUUGAAUUUUUUUUUUUUAACCAUUCUGUGAUUUUGUUGUUUGUCGCUAAUACCAAUAUUCUUAUGUAUUCUAGGCGUAUGCGACGGUUGGCUAACACCACACCAGGAUGGUAAUAAGAAUCAUUAUUAAGUAUUUUAAAUAGUAAGUAAUAAGAAACCCCCCUCCCCCCAAACAUGACACUAACCUAAGUGGCGUAUGACAAUCAUGUCGAGGUUCCUAAAUGAUUUUUUAAACUAUGUCCUGAAUAAUACGUGCAUUUGUGUUAAAAUAGGUUUAUUGAAACAGUAAAUUUCACAACAACUGUUACUAUUUGAUUUUGAAAAUUUAUACAUUAGUGCUUUAUAAAUAUGUCAUGUUUUAUUUUGCAUUACUUAAAGUAAUGUUUUAUUCAAAGCUAGAAACUUUUGAUCUUAAAUUAUUGUGAUUCAAGUUUUUAUUAUUCAAGACACGAUUUGAUAGAAGAUAACACAAAAAAUGGCACCAGUUGAUUAAUAAAAUUAUUUCAUAUUUUUAACUAACAAAAUCCUAUAAAAUAUAUCAGAUUCUUGUAAGUAUGAACUUCUAGAUUUUAUUUAUUAUUUGUUUUGUUACUUUUGGUAGACCAAUAUUUUAGUAUAUUUGACCAUAUUUUAUUGAAAUUAUGUUAACAGUUGAAAUAUAUGAAAUUAUUUAUUUAAGUUUGUUCUUUAUUGUAGGUAGGCAGCUUUUAAACAAAUUUUGAAUUUGUUAUAUCACUUAAAACUUAAAUUUUUUUUUCCUGUAAUUUACAAAUGUAUAUAAUAUAUAAGCUUAUAUAUAUAGUAUUUUAUUAGUAUAGAAAAAAUGUGAAAUUUUAAUCCAAUUAUAAUGAAUAGAUAAUUCAGUAGCUAAUUUAAAAAUUAAAUUCUUUUUUUUUUUAUGAUUAUACAUAGAAUAAAUUUGAUUUUCUGUUUGGAAACUAACUGAUAUUAAAUUAAUUGAAUCAAACUAUAGAACUUCUCAAUCACAUUUAUCAUCUACAAGUUUUACUAUUUAAAACAAUUUAUCUUCUUUACUUAUGCAGUAGUCAAAACUCGCAAAUUUUUUCUCACCAAUCCAUUAUACUACAGACAAAAUAAUUUUGCAUACGCCACUCUUUAUUUUCUUCUUUUUUUAACAGUAGCAUUGAAAUGUAUUUAGAACAAUAACUAACAAUUGCCAUUUAUAUAAAUAAUAUAUAUUUUGUUUUAAAAUGUUAACUAACAUAUUUCAUUGUAUUCAGGAAAAUAAAACAUCAUACAAAUAAUAAAAAUGUAUACUUAAAUGAGUAAUUAAUCUAUAUAUACAGUAAUUAUAAAUAUUAUCACACUUAUUUAUUUACACUUAUUUAUUAACAAAACAAAUUAUAGUAAUAAAACUGUUUUCUUCUUGCAGCUAUUUAAAAUUAGAAAAUAAUUAACUUAACACUUAUUUAUAUUAACUAUUUUGUUUUUUUUUUUCAAUUUUUAUUUGUUUGGCAGUAAGUUAACUCGCCUUCCGUGAGCCUAUAUAAAUAAUCAGAAGUGUUCGAGUGAUUGGCCAACUUCAAUCAUAAUUCCAUUCCAUCAUCUUCAAAAGCAAUGUUACUGCAAAUUUUGUAUUCAAAAUUAUAAUUAAACAAUAUUUUAUACUAUAUUAAAGAAAACACUAGAAUAAAAAAUAGUUUAUAUACAUAAUUAAUAA